AUGGAUGAAACGCUUUCUUCUUCCUCUUCAACAUUCUCUCUCCACCGCACAGAAAGCACUGGCUGUGCACAGGAAGCAGAAGAAGCCACAUCAGCAGGCCCUUCGUUUCCUGUUUCUGACGGGAAAAAAUCACCAGGAGGCAACAUGAACAGCAACACAAAAAGCAACAUAAACUGCAGCUUGACCCACGGUAACUUGAACACCAGCGUAGCCACGGGUGUGCAAGACAACUCUACCCAUGACGACUUGAACAGCAACGUAUGCAGAAACAUGAACAGCGGCUUGAACAGCAACAUGAACAGCAACAUGAACGGGGGUUUGAACAGAAAUAUGAAUAGCAAAUUGAAUGCUUACUGGGACAGUUUAUUCUCUGGCGAUGCAUGCUGCAAGUUGUGGUUUACGACGCCUCGUUCUUCCUCAAGAAAGCUGUUGUCACGCCUCACAGAUCUACUCAGAGCCGCCGUGGGGGAACAAAGAAACAAAUUGAAUUCGCAUAUUCCUCAUGAUGUACUGCGCCCCCUUGCCGGCCACACCAGAGAAAAAGUCUGCAUCGCAAACCACAAAGCAUUCUGGCCAUACCCACUCACCUUGUUGUACCUGUUCAGCGACUUGGAGGAGUACUGGUCUGGCCAGCGAGCCAAGAGGAGUCGCCGGCGUCGAGUUGUGUGUUGGGGUUAUCACCGGUGUGGGUGUAUUCGGCCUCGAGCUUUGGGGUUAGAGGAAACGAAGACAGCAGAGGAGAUAGGGAGAGGCAGCAGAGGAGGAGAAAGCAAACGCAAACAACAACACGAAGACGGCACGGAUGAUGGUGCUGCUGCUGCUGCUGCUGAUGCAUGCACCGAAAUGGCUAGCAAGAGAAAGAAAAAGCAGAGGUUGCAGCAGCAGCAGCAGCAGCACCAGCAGGAGCAACAAAAGGAGCAGCAGCAGGAGCAGGAGCAACAACAGCAGCAGCAGCAGGAGCAGGAGCAACAAAAGCAGCAGCAGCAGGUGCAGCAGCAGGAGCAGCAGCAGGAGCUGAUAAAGAAGAAGAAAGAGGAGAAGGGAUGGGGUAGACCGUUCGAUUGGCAGAGUUUAUUUAAGGGUUUAAAUGUGGAUUGCUGUUGGAAGGAAUGGGAGAAACUGAAGUGGCUGGGGUGUACAGACAGAACAAAAAACAAAAACAAGCAAACGGGACAACCAAACCACGAACAUACAACAUACAGCACAACAGAAGCAAACACAACCAGCAGCAGCAGUAGCAGCAGCAGCAGUAGCAGCAGCAGCAGCAGCAACUCGCAACAACCGCCGUCGCUGUGGGCGCUGCUAGAGGAGAGCUCAGACGAGGGGCCAGAGGAGCAGCAGAGAGAGGGAGAAGAGCAGCAAGAAAAGGAAGAAGCAAAAGAGAGACAAACGGGAGAAGAGAAGGAGACAAAUGAAGGAGACAACACAGAGCGAAUACAGAACCCUAACAACCAACGAGAGGAGAGAGGAGACAAAACAGACACAAAGAAAGGAGACAAGAAAGAGGAGAGAGAAAGAAACAACCGUAAAGAUGAAAUAGAAUAUAACAGAGAAAAAGAGAAACAAAACAACAAACAACAAACAGAUACAAGACCUUGGGAGUUAGAUGGAGAUAUUAGUUGUAUUCGAUUUGUACGGAGUGUACAUCCACCACAACUCAGACAAAUGAAUGCAUGCACCCAAAUAGAUAUUUCAUUUCCUCCUGUAAAGAAAAACACACAACAACAACAAACACGCAACGCGCCACGAACAAAACCCCCCGGUGACACAGAUAAACAACCAACGGAGGAACGAAAGACAGACAGCGCCUCCACCGAUAUUUCUGAUCAGCAGACACGCUCUGCUGCUGCUGCUGCUGCUGCUGCUAAUGCUCUAGCUGCUGCUGGUGCUGCUGCUGAUACUGGCGCUCCAGCUUCUUCUGUUGAGACUGGCGCUCCAGCUGUUUCUGCUGCAGCUCCAGCUGAUGUUGCGGCUGCUGCUGCUGCAGAUGCUGCUGCUGAUGCAGGUGCUGCUGCUGAUGCAGCAGCUGCUGCAGGUGCUGCUGCUGAUGCUACUGGUGUUAGUCGAAGGGAUCGGGAGCACAUUGCAACGGUAGAGUUUCAGCGUAUGUGGCCGGUGUUUGUACGUGUAGACAAAGAAAGCCAUUUGCCUCUGAACUCCUCUGGUGGUGGUGGUGGUGGUGGUGGUGGUGGUGGGGUUGUUUUGUUUUUGGGUUGCCUGCUGGAGGUGUUUCAUUUGCGGGUGUACACCGAGGAAGAGCUUUCCCGCUGCCUCAAAGGAAUUGCAGAAGUUGCAAAGGCAGAUACAUCACCAGAGAGAGAACACAGCCAGCUCAUACAUACAGAAGAAAAAGCAAGCAACAGUAACAACAAAAAUAACAACAGCAGCGACACAAACACCACAAAGAAUAACCUCAACACUUGUCAAUCUGUACCUUCUGCAACAAACGAAACAAACGCCGCUCCUCCUCCUCCUCCUCUCUCUCUAGGUGCUGAGAGUGCAGCAGAAAAGGGCGACGAAGACGAAGACGAAGACAGAGAGAAAAACAAAAUGCAUCAACAGAGAAGGCUGCCGAAGAUCCUCUUUGAGCCCGCACCCAAACGGCCUCAGCUUUCUUCCUCUUCUUCCCCUGCAGCAGCAGCAGAAACCCCUAAGAACGAGAAUCAAGGACCUGACGCAGAAACGGGUAAUAUGGCUGGACUUUUGACCUGCAGGGGCUGGCGACUCCUACGGGUUUAG